AUGGGUGCAGAAGCCGGUCGAGUCCCAACAACUGCGGAGACUAAGACAGGCCUAGAGGGAGAUAAACCUAUGUUGGUAGGAAAGAGUGAACUGGUUGUUCUUUCACAGAAAAAGAACAUCUACGGCGAUGAUGCAUAUGAACUCCGUCCUGAGCGAUGGGAGAGCGGCGAACUUGCCAAUAUUGGCUAG